CACAUAAACUUGCGCAGCUGCGCCUGCUGUCAGUCAUCUUCAUGUUUAUUUUUACUGAUAGAUAUAAAAAAAUCAAGUUAGAGAUUUCGUAUUUAGUGGCUACUGUGGAAAUCUUGAUGUUCAAACUCAUGUAAAGAUUCAUUUCAUUUGCAAUAACUAUUUAUUGUAAGCAUGGCAGAAUGUACAGAGUUAGAGAACUCACCAAUAACAUUACUGCCUAAUGAAAUACUUUAUAUUAUAUUAAAAAACAAUAGCUGCCGUGAAAUUUUGAAUUUUGGAGCUACCUGCAAGCGUUUUCAUGCAGUAGUUAAUGCUGAUCAAUCCCUGUGGAAAGAAAAGUUAAAAAAGACAUCUCCACCAGAUGUAUAUAAUUUGACUGAAAAGUAUGGUAAUGGCCAGUGGCUAAAAGAAAUAAAAAGAUAUUUUACUGUAAAACAUGCUGUCCAUGCAGAAUUGCUAUUGAUGUCAUCGAAGUAUUACUGGCGCACAACAGAAAUAUCAAUACUAGAUAUCAAAGAAUUUUUUACCCUGGCUUUAAGUUACAAUUCUAAUCAUUACUAUGUUGUGACUACCUUAAAAGAUAUAAUAAAUAUUGGAAAUGAGUGUUUGAGUUUGAACUACAACCACCGACCAUACACAUUGACUGAACUGUAUUAUGCAAAAAUCGUUCUACGAUAUUUGACACAGACUUAUUUUGCCAUCAAGUGGUUUCAAAAUCGCAUGAGAAAUGUAUUGACUCCAGAACUUGUUUUAAAUUUCUUUAUAGAAUGGAUAGAUACAGACCGAGUGCAUGCCGAUGAAGAUAUUGAAGCUACAUUCAGAGAUAUGAUUGAACACGUCGAGAAACGAUAUCCUAGAAGUUUUCACCCUGAGUAUACUGUACUAGAAAAGGUAUUAAAGGGUUUUAUAAGACCCUCAAACCUCCUAGCUGCUGUUUCGGAUGUAAUAUAUCGAGUGAAUCUUAUAUUAAAUAGAGAACCUGCAAGUUUGGAUACUCUUGAUAUUCCUCGAGUUUGGCAAACAAGACGGGGAAAUAUAAUUGCGGUUGCCGUCAUAUUCCAAGCCGUAGCUAGCAGAUGCGGUGUGCAUUGCGAGCUGAUCGCUUUUCCCAACCACUUGUUCCUUGAAUGGCGCGACCCUGAGACUCCAGGAGUGGUAUACAAAAUAGAUCCACUAUCUGGCUCCAUUUCACAAAAGGGACGCUGUCCAUACUCACGACGAGGUGCUCUUAUGCGAGAUGAUAUAAAAUUUUGUCCUGACACUUUCCUUCAAUACAUCGUAACAGCUUUCCUCAUGUCUAUGGGAGCCCAGAAAAGUAGGAGUACACUACAUGCAAGAAAUCUGCAAGAUUUUCUUAGCACAGACUGUGCAGAAGAUAACCCAUACAAGUACUAUCAAGCAUUUCUGCUAGAUUAUGACAACCUGCCUGUUAUGUCUAUAACAUUAAACCCUUUGUUUCUUGAUGAUAGCCAUCUUAAAAUGCUAGAGCAUUUAAUGAUGAUCACUCAUAGUCCUGCUCCUGUAACUAGACCGGCAAAAGUGACUGCUCGUAAUGGAGAUGUAAAAUUCGCCGUAGGAAUGAUAUGUUAUCACCAGCGCUAUAAUUAUGCCUGCGUUAUCCUAGGCUGGGACCCCAUUUGCUCCAUCGACAUGGGAAAUCGACAAGAGUUCCAAUCCUUGCGACUCGGUUUAAAACAAACAUUUUACAAUGUUGUUGCAAUUGACCAGUCUGAACGAUACGUGGCUCAAGAAUAUCUCAUUGAUGUGCCGAACCCAAAUCGUCUGCAUCAUUUGGAAGACGUCAUUGCCAAAUACUUUACACAUUACGAUGGUUACUGCUAUGUUCCUAAUGAGGAACUGGAAAGUGAAUAUCCCGAUGACGGCCCCAUAAGAGCUGUAUACAAAGACAAAUUCGAACUAAGAAAUGAACGUCUGAGAGCACAGGCAGUUGCGGCUCAAGUAAAUUAAGCAAAUACGUUCCAGGAAUAAGGAUUUUCCUAAGUCAGAUUGAUGUAUAUUUUCAAUUUACUGAAAUAAUAAUAUAUUAAAAGGUA